AUGGUUGAGGUUAGAGGAGUUCGACUAGAGUCUAACGCUCUCGGACCAACCAAUGGGUUAAUCGCAACUAAAAGACCAGUCAUUUCCUGGGAGAUUUUUGGUAACGAGAAGAACUGGUAUCAAGGUGCUUAUCAAAUCAAGAUUAAAUACGGGGACCAACCUUGCAGCACUUACGAUGUUGUCAGCUCUGACAAUAAUCUGUUUGUGGAAUGGCCAGGAAGAGACUUGAAGUCAAGAGAAGUAAUAGCUAUUUCGAUUCGUGUUGCACCAAAAUCUGAUAUUUCUUCUUUUUCUGAAUGGAGUGCGCCCGCAGUCGCUCAAGUUGGAAUUCUGGAUAACUCCUGGAGGGCUCCAUUUAUUUCUAUGGUUGGGCAGCCCAAGGAUGAAAACGUCUCACCAGAAAUACUAUUCAGGAAGAAUUUCGAUUUAUCGGGUAACAAAAUCAAGUCUGCUAAGAUCUAUAGCACAGCUUUGGGGGUUUACGAAAUUGAAGUCAAUGGAAGGAAGGUUGGAAAAGACUACUUAGCACCUGGUUGGACAAGCUAUGAUCAUCGUUUGCUCCAUCAAUUCUACGAUAUAACAGACUUGCUUGCACCGCAUACUAAUGCUAUUGGUGCUAGAGUAGGGUCUGGAUGGUAUAGUGGAAUGCUUGGUUUUGACGGUGGGGCCAGAAAUAUUUACGGAGACCGAAGAGCCAUUAGUAUCGAGAUAGAGGUGGAAUACGAAAAUGGUGAGAAAGCUGUGAUUCUCUCUGAUGAAGCUUGGAAAUCAAAUUAUGGCCCCAUUAAAGAUGCACAGUUGUACAAUGGUGAGGUUUAUGAUGCAACUUGCGAGUUUCCAGGAUGGUCUCUCCCGACCUUUGAAGAUAAAUCGUGGAACCCAGUUGAAAUUAUUCAAUGCAGCUCCAAAUCAAUUGAGCCGCAAGCUUUUGGUUACAUAUGUGAAAUUGACUCUCUGACACCAAUCAAUAUUAUCGAGACACCAAAAAAAAAGUUGAUUGUUGAUUUCGGUCAAAAUGCGGUUGGUUUCGCUCGGAUCAAUAAUGCCAAAGCUCCAAAAGGGCACACUAUUACUUUAAGAUUUGCUGAAGUUUUGGAGAAUGGGGAGCUCGGCACUCGUCCCCUGAGGCUGGCAAAAGCUACAGACCAGUACACUUUCAAAGGUGAUAUAGAUGGUGAGACAUACGCUCCUAGAUUUACAUUUCAUGGAGCAAGAUACUGUCAGAUUGACAACUGGUAUGGAGAGUUUAGCCCAAACAAUAUUGAAUUCGUUGUCAUUGGAAAUCUAAUGGAGACAACUGGUGGUUUUGAGUGUUCGGACAAAAUGCUCAACAGGCUCCACCAGAAUGUUGUCCAUAGCAUGAGAGGCAAUUUCCUAGCCAUACCGAUGGAUUGCCCACAAAGAGAUGAACGUCUCGGUUGGACAGGUGACAUUGCCAUAUUCUGUCCAACAGCACUCUACUUAUGUGAUUGUUACUCGUUCCUGCAAAGCUGGCUAAAGGAUUUGAAACUAGAACAGAAAGAGAAAGGUGGAGCUCCUGCUGUUGUGGUCCCAGAUAUUAUACAUGCUUUUGAUACAUUUUGGAAUGGUAAGAUAGCCGCUAUUUGGCAGGAUGCCUCGGUUAUUGUACCUUAUGAGCUUUACAGAUCAUCUGGAAACAAGCAUAUUUUACAAGCCCAAUACGAAAGUAUGGUUUCAUGGAUUGACUACAUACCUAAAAUUGAAGGAAAAGUCAGGUGGAAUAAAAUUGAGUUGCAGUUAGGAGAUUGGCUGGAUCCAUCUGCACCACCAGAAAACCCCCUUCUUGCUUUGACGGAUGCCUAUCUGGUUGCUGAUGCUUUUCUUUUCAAAAUACUUACGAUGACUUCGGAGACUGCUGAGAUCUUGAACUGGCUUCCAAAAUGUCGUUCUGAUUUCAAUGAGGCUUAUAUUUCCUCGUCAGGGAAACUCACAUCAAACACACAAACGGCAUAUGCUUUGGCUAUCUGUUUUGGCCUGUACAAAAAUGAUGAUCAAAUAUCCUACGCUGGUAACCAAUUGUCCGAACUAGUUAGGCAAAGUGAUUAUAAAAUCAGUACUGGAUUUGCUGGAACUCCAUUUGUCACUGAAGCUUUGACUAUUACAGGACAUCUAGAAGACGCCUACAAAAUGAUACUACAAAAAGAAUGCCCUUCAUGGCUCUAUCCAGUUUCUGUGGGAGCAACAACAGUCUGGGAACGAUGGGAUAGUAUGUUGCCUACAGGGCACAUCAAUCCUGGUGAAAUGACCUCUUUCAAUCAUUACGCCUUGGGUUCAAUUGCUAACUGGAUGCAUGAAAGAAUGGGUGGUCUAAAACUGAAGGAACCAGGCUGGCGAGAGUUUUACCUUAGGCCUAUGCCUGGAUCUAACAUCAGCUAUUGUGAGACUUUCCACAAAUCGCCUAGUGGCUUGAUCAAGUCUGAAUGGAAAUUAGAAGCUGGUAAGUUUGUCUACAAUGUGACUGUUCCCUUGAAUUCAACUGCCCACAUCACACUUCCUGACGGAACCACUCAUUCUGUGGGCUCAGGAUCGUGGUCUCUUACGUGCUCAGCUUGAUAAGUUUCAGGUAGGAGCUUUUUAUGCUGUUGAUGAGCAAAGGGCCUAUAGAAUAUUAGACUCUGUAUAAGUUUUCCUUGUUAAGUGAUGUUGUUCUUUGAACUUCCGCGUACUUUAAUCAUCUUGGUCAACUGUCCUCAAUAGCAGUCGAGGUUCCAUUCUCGUUGUCAUCUUUCUGAGAUUAGUCAAGUUCGAGCGGCGUUUCUGGAGGAGGAAAAUACGUUCCAGCGGAAGAUUUGUGAAGCUUUUCGAGAUCGAAAUUUCACUCUCCCGCAGUGACAAUUUUCACCAUGUUGAUCGUCACGAACCAGUGUAAUCCUGUAUUGAACGCUCGAAUGAGUGUAACAGCUAAUCAUGAGAGGAGAACCACUAUAAUUUCCAUCCCAGCUUGAUCUCAAAUAUUCUAAAUCAUUUCCUUUUUUUGAGCCGAUCAUCAAGCUCAGUAACGAGGCAAUCCUUCGCUCUCAGACUGACAUUUCGUUUGCGGCUGUUGAAUCACAUACAAUAUAAGAAGAUCGAUAGCUAUUUCUGGCAGUACCACCAAUGAGUCUCAAGCCAAGUUCACUCUUAGUUUCCCCCUGUAGGUCGCAAGAUACUGAAUCAACUUCAAAAAGCACUGAGAAGGUUACUUGUUGCAUGAAACAUAGGAUAUUUGACUUGUCUUCCUGUUGCUAACAUGAGAAUAUAUGAAAAUUGAAGGAAUCACUACAUGACUGAGUAAAAGAGUAUUUUUCGAAAACCAGUGACGAAGAUGAUUUUCAAUACUUUACGCAUUGCUUUGAUCAAUAUCACCAAAGAUGAAUUUGACUUUCAUGUAUCUUGUAGCUACUCAAACCGGCAUACGAAAGUGCUGCUCAGUAUCAGGCUUUUCAAUUUGCCCUCAGUAUAUGCC